GCACAAAAUCUUUUUUUGUUCUAGUCUAACUUUAGUUUGUGUGAUUAACUAUUCAAAAAUUUUCCUUAGAUAUGGCUUCUACUGAAAAUUUACAAUCAUAUGAUGAUGAUGAUGAAUUUACCUCCACGGCUGCAAACUCCAUUCUUAGCCAUGAAGAUGAAGAUGAGGAAAAUGAUCAUUAUGAAUUCACCAACACCAUCAGUGAUGUUGUUGCCAAGGUUAUGAGCAAGAAUGUUGUUCCCAACCGGCAGUCAUUAUUGCGACAUAGUUUUCCUGCCUCGUCUCGACUCAGCAUCUGCCCAGAGACUGGUCAUCAUGGUGUGAUGCAUAUCAAUCUUGGAAAUCAAGAUGACAAAUCUACAAAACAAUGUGAAAAGCUUGUGUUGGGGAUCAAUAAGAAGCCACAUUUUCGCCCCAAUCAUUUGGACAGCAAGACAAGUUUCAUGGGCUCCUCCCAGAAAAUGGUUCGGUCUGUAUCCACCCCUGAAAUUUCCUGCAAAUAUAGCUCAAAUGCUCCCAAAAGCUUGAAAUAUAAUUCAGGCAAGGCUCCUAUCGUCUGUAAAAUGGACUUUGAAGAUUUUCCUGAUGCUAAAAAGCCACCAUCAGAUGCAGAUCUUCCCAUGCUCGAUUUUGAUUCAGGCUUUUCACAGACGACGACUUCUUUUCUACAAUGCCCGUCCACUUCUUCUACUGCUGUUGGCUUCAAUUCUGUUUAUUCUAACAAAGAAAACUAUUGUCCUCAACACCUUCCUGAAGCUAGACUUCAUGAAAAUGAGUUAAAAAAACAUGCAGACGCCCAGUCUGCCUUGAAGGGAAGCAGCAUAUACAACUGGAGCGUCCAUAAACAGCAAGCCCCCCAUUUACUGCACCAGCCAUCUACUGCCAACGCUUUCAAGGAGCCAAUGGCAGCUGCUCUGUAUUCCCGCUUGUCCUCUCCUCGUGACGACGUCUCCGAAAAUUCACUGAAGCCUGAGCCAGGUGGAUUUGGAUCUACAUUAUUCAAGCGGUCCUCUUCUUGUUCAUAUUUUGGUCAAAAUUCAAGAAACAUAAUUAGUGGGACAGGGCAUUUAACUAAUAGUGUCAAUUGUUCAAUGGAAUCACUAGCCGUAAGGAAACUUCCUACAGAUACUUCAUCAUAUCAACCUAUAACUACUAAUUCAAUGUCUUAUAUUCCACGGAGCUCACAUCAGGAUCAUAAUCUGCCUGCUUCUGGACUGAAAUCCAAUGACCUCCAUGACAAAAUGGCUUACGAUCGUCCGUUCAUUCUAACUCCUCGUCUCUUUUCAAAUUUUUCAAGUACAAAUCCCAAUAAUGUCAGGCGUCUAUCAGGUUCAGCUCAUGACACCUCUGCCCCGCGCGUCACCUCUCCUCUUUAUGUGACUGCAGACAAUUCUCGAAGUAAUGUGCUGGAAAAAUAUACACCACCACUUGACUAUUCAAACGCCGGUACUGGCAAUAGGAAUUCUCUCAUUCUAACAAAGCAAAUCAUCACUCCAGCGACAUCCAGCAGAAUACAGAGUGACAUUCCGUUUUACAUGGAUUUUGCUCUCAAAGAAUCUGAUGAGCCCAAUAUCCACACCCCCACUGUAACCUACCAGCCUUCUAACCAGCUGGAUUCUUGCGAUUCAAGUGCAAACUUUUCAAGCUGCGCUAAAAUGAACAUUGUAACUACCGCCGCUAAGCCAGUUACCACAGGAACACCAUUGUUUGGAUUAUCUCGAACAGGCACAUCGCGAACUCAUGUGACGACUGAAGCUAAUUCUGUAGUCUCUGCUUCUUUGCCAAGUGUCCUGAAUUUGCCUCAAAGCAACUGCCUUGCGCCGCGUGUUCCGUUGACUGCCAUCGACGUUUCCAGUUCAACAGCUGUUGCAAGUUCAGCUGCUGUUGCAAGUUCAGCUGCUGUUGCAAGUUCAGCUACAUUUGCAAGUUCAGCUACAUUUUCAAGUUCAGCUACAAUUGCAAGUUCAGCUACAUUUGCAAGUUCAGCUACAUUUGCAAGUUCAGCUACAUUUGCAAGUUCAGCUACAUUUGCAAGUUCAACAGGUGUUGCAAGUUCAACAGUUGUUGCAAGUCCAGCAGCUGUUGCAAGUUCAAUAGCUGUUGCAAGUUCAACAGCUGUUGCAAGUUCAACAGCUGUUGCAAGUUCAACAGCUGUUGCAAGUUCAGCAGUUGUUGCAAGUUCAACAGCUUCUGAAGUUCCAACUCAAGCUGCUACUCUGGUCGCGGCAGCGACCGCCACUCCUGUAGUCACUCCUGCUGCCCUCUCAUCCAUGGAUUCUCUUUGUAUUAACGGCAAACUGUACAUGAAACUGAGCCUCAUUGGACGCGGCGGCUCCAGCGAAGUAUACGAGGUAGUAAGUCUGGAAUCGCGGGCUGUGAUGGCCGUGAAGAUCGUUAAGCUGAGUGGCGUCGAUGAACAAAUGAUCGUCGGCUACAAGAACGAGAUCGCCAUCUUACAGCGGCUGCAAGGCACGGACCACGUCAUCACCCUGCAUGACUUCGAAGAGACGCCCGGCGAGCUGCGGCUGGUGAUGGAGCGCGGUGGCCGCGACCUGGCGUUCGUCCUGAAGUCGGCACGAUCUCAGCCCAGCCGCUUCCUGUGCCGCUUCACCGUACAGCAUCACUGGCGGGGUAUGCUGCUGGCGGUGCAGGCCAUACAUGAGAAGGGCAUCAUUCACUCGGAUCUGAAGCCGGCCAACUUCAUCUUGGUCGAGGAUGGACUGAAGCUCAUCGAUUUCGGCAUCGCGUCGUCCAUUCAGAACGACAUGACGAGCGUGCUGAAGGACAGCCAGGCAGGGACCUUCAAUUAUAUGAGCCCUGAGUCACUAAACGACGUUCAUGCAGGACCCAUUAUCAAUGGGUUGGCUGGAGACAAGCCUGUUAUCAAGAUAGGCACCAAGUCAGACGUGUGGUCACUGGGCUGCAUUCUCUAUAACCUGGUCUACGGCAAGACGCCUUUUCAACACAUCACAAACACUUGGCAGAAGCUCCAAGCUAUCAGCAAUCCAGAUACCAUCAUUCAAUUCCCACCCUGCGAUGACAAAAAUUUAUUAGAUGUGAUGCGAAGUUGCCUUCAAUAUCAGCCUUACAAGCGGCCAACCAUACAGCAGUUACUUGAGCAUCCUUACCUCACUGGUGUGACUACAUCUAAACCUCACACUUGAAAAACUGUAUCCAAUAUAAUGAGCUUUUUAUAAGCAUAUUUGGUUGACGUUCUUAUUUCCAGGUUUACCGGAAUUAUGUUAGUUUCUAACUAUAUCACAAAAAAAGGUAAUUGCUAAUAUCUCAUUAAAAAAACAAAGCAAACGUCUAUGAACUAUAGAUUAGUUAAAAUAUAAAUCCUAAAAUUUUGGGUGAACCAGCUUUAUCAGUUGAUGAUCACUUGGUAGAGCUCCUUGUAUCUAUGAUUUCUCAUUCUCUAUUGGCACAGCGGAGAAAUUGCCGCAAAUAUUCUCUUCGAAGGUUCCCAUCACUGUCAGUCAGUAGUUUGGAGGAUUUACAUUGUCUCAUAUUGUCUAUUAUAUAAUUUAAUACUCAUUUUACUGCACAUAUCAUCAUCCCAUGUUGCUGGGGCAUAUGGAUAAUCAGUCAUUAUUGUUAACUAAAUAAAAAUAUUCAGUUACUUGUUCAACUUAAUGUACAUAUAUCUAUAUAUAUGUUGUACCCUUAUCACUCUUGUACCCUUACUUUUGAUACUGAGAUCGACGUACCAAUAAUCUUUGUGAAUGUUUAACCCUUCCAUGAUAUCGUCUCAUCAAUUAUAUUAAUUUCAUUUACAUUAGUCGGGCGGUUUACCAUUUCGCAACAAUACGUCUCUGUUCCACUUGAUCAACAAGCUUUUUAUCUGGUUACAUCUCUGUGAAUGUUUAUAAUCUUGAAGUGCAGUUCAAUCUCAGAUAUUCUAACUCUUAAACGGAUUCUUACUUUGAUUUUCAUGUAAUUUUUUUGAAAGAAGCAAAUAAUGUUUUGAGGUCCAUUCUAUGAUCCGAGUUGACCGAUGAUAAACAAUCGCUUUGGCGUUGUCAAGACCAAUUGCCAGUGACAAGCGCUGCCACGCUUCGAAGUUUCCUUUGUCCUCGUGUUCAGGAAAUGAAUAAUUGGCUUAUAGACCGUGUCAAAUACGAUGUUUCACUGGGUUCUCUGAUUUGCUGAGUCAUGUUCUUCAAGAUUCUGUAUGCUGAACGCAAGAGAGCAGCACUAAUGUCGAACUAUCAGCAUGGCGCUCUAACCAGUUUCUUCGACUGGUAGCGGUAUAAAUACUAUCCUAAAAAGCUCCAAUUCUUCAACUUCCUGCCAUUCUUGUAAACAACUGCAAACUCUUGAAUUCCAGUGGCCUCCGUGGCUAAUCGGUCUUUUUGAUAUAAAUGUAUUUUGUGUAACUCUCAGUAUCACAUUCAACAGAUGUGCAAUGGGUUCUGCCCAGUUGGGUGUAGAUUUAAUCUAAUAAAAACUGUUACCUAAUUU